GCCAUCAUGGCACGCGGUUUGAGAUGUUGUCGCUGAACAUACUGAUUUAACGAAUUUAUCGUGAUGUUACAAAUUAUACUUUCUUUAUAUUAACUACUUAUUUAAUCAAGUUUAUACGUUUUUUUACUUUACUUUCUGUGUUCAUUGAGUUAAAAAAAUUAACAAGAAACAAUGGUUAAAUUAACAGAAGAAAUGAUUGUGGCACGUACACGAAUGUCAGAUUUUUCUGCCGUAAAGAAACUCAAUUGCUGGGGAUCAGAAUUAACAGAUGUAAGCAUUUUACGUAAAAUGGAAAAUGUGGAAUUAUUGUCAUUAAGUGUAAACAAUAUCGACACGCUUGCUGAUUUUCAAUAUUGCCACAAUCUACAAAGUCUAUUUAUUAGAAAGAAUAAUAUCAAAGAUCUAAAUGAAAUUUGUUAUCUCCAAGAGUUGCCCAAUUUAAGGAAUUUAUGGCUUGACGAAAAUCCUUGUGCAGAAAAAGAUGGAUAUCGACUGACUGUUCUCCGAACUUUACCAAAUCUCGAAAAGCUAGAUAAUAAAGUAGUAUCUCCAGAAGAAGUGCAAACUGCGUUGUCAAGAGGAAGGGUACUCGUGCAUCCGCUUGUUAUGGAUGAAUCUCCGCCACAAUCGGAAAUGAUUAGUCCAGAGGAAGUACCUGUUGAAUAUAUUGAAGAAACACGUGUGGAAAAGCAUAGGAGAUAUAGUUCAUCUAGCGACCAGAGAAGUUACGAUGAAAUGCAUCAUACACAAGAAGAGUAUCAUGAUUCUGACAGAAGAAAUGCAAAUUGUAAAACGUCAUUAACUCAUCAUUAUGCUCCAAGCAAUCAAUACGCAUAUGAGCUUCAUAAUGGGCAAUCAAAAAGUCAGAAUAAAGAUGAGAACAUGUGUACAGAAUCUCGCAAUUACAUUGAGACUUUGGCUACUAACACUCUUGAUAUAUCUAAGGAAAGCGAUGAUCAACCAGCAGUUUCAAGACAUAACGGAGAUUAUGAUGAGAGACAAGGAUAUUCUGAAUUUGUUAAUAAUGAUGCAUCUCAACAUUUAUAUACGUCACCCUCGCCACGUACUCAAUACGGUGUUAAAUAUGAAACUCAAGAAGAUAAUCGUUUUGACAGAAAUAAUUACGAGUAUGACGAUAAGAGGCAAUUAGAGUGCGAUGAACCAUUACCUCAACCGUCGUCUCAACAUAGACGAAUGCCUACUCAUCAUAGUACUGAAAGGGAAGAUACAAGUCAAGUGCCUGGUUGGGUAAGACAUUCGGAUAAGGAAAAAUGUAGACCACAAUUUCAUUAUCAUAGACGACCAGUUACAAGGAACUCAAAUAUACUCUCUGCCGUAUUAUGCUUAGUCAAAGAAUUGGACUAUCCCAGUUUGGAGGUAGUAGAAAUGGCAGUUAGAAAUCGAAUGGAUGAAUUAGAAGAAUGAUGUUUCUGACGCCGUCCUCAAAAUCUUCAGGGGACGGUUGCCUUUUCUCGUGUUGGCAGUAUUACUUCUAUACCAAGCCCAGAAUUUUCUGACUCGCUCGACUCUAAUCAGUGCGUUGAUAAUGAUAUGAAUUUUAACAACGAACAUCGUGUAUACAAUCAUUAUGGCAUUGAUGAAGCUAGUGAAAAAUCACAAAUGCAUAAUAGAAAUGGAUCUACUGAAAACUUUAAUUUAAAUCGAAAUUCAAAAAUUUUUUUUAAUGAUUCGAAUCAUAGGUUAAUCAGGAAUAAUUCACAUACAUACAAACUUCGUGAUUCAGGAUCAGAUAAUAUAACAACGACAACAAAUAACAGUGAACAUAAAAGACUAAACGACGUUAGAAGAGUAGCAAGCAGCGACAGUAUCCCCCGUGGUAACAAUAGUGGUGUAAAUUUCAAUCAAGGGAGCAAAGAUCCAAACCAAGAUUGUUUAAGACGAUCAAAAAGUCCUGACGUUAGAAAUGCGAUAAUGCCACUUCGUUAUAUUCAGUCAUCAAAAGGAACUUGGACGUACAACUUGUAAGUGAAAUAAUAGAGUAGAUUGUUUAUUUCUGUCUAUGAUAACAUCAAAUGUUUUCAGAGACAGGUCAUACAAUUAAUGAGGAUAAAAAUAAAAAGAGUACUUAAUUAACUAUUGCUUCUAAAUUACAACGUAAAUCAUUUGAAUAUAUGCAAGAUGGUAAAUUAUAUGUUUUAUUUAUAAAUUAAGGAAACAUUGUUCCAAAACAAAAACAGUAUUUAUUGUACUUAUCAAAUUUUUGUAAUUAUAAAUUAUAAAAAUAGCAAAUUUUUUCAAAAACAUCAAUUAUUCGUGCUUUGGAUUAGAAAAUACUAAUAUAUUUGUCAGGCUUGUCAUCAUUUUGUUAAGACGUAAUUAAUUAGGUUAAUAGAAUGAAAUAUAUCUAUAAAAUACGAACAUCGAUAUUCAUCGUAGAGUAAAGAAAAUUUUUCUUUUAAUCAUAAUACCUUGAUCCAAAAGCAU